UUCUUCGUCAAAAAUAGAUAUUCCAUUCUAAUAGGUAUUAGAGUUAGCAUUCUAAUAGACAUUAGAAUAGAUAUUCUCGACCGUGAAACGAACGAAUGGAAACUGAGCAAGGUUGCCGCGCGAAAUACACGUUUUCGGACGAAGACCCUCUUUGGGAAAGCGAAUGAGAUCGAAGCUUCGUCUUCCUCGCUAUCGGAUAAAGGAGCUGAAAGAAGGACGAGGAAAGUUUAGGCUCGUACACGACAGUAUGUAAUACGAGAAUAGAUGAAUAAUACCGAACGCGAGAGCAGAGAGCGAUGCUUCGCGCGUAUUAUUUAAGGAAAUUGCAAACGACUUCGGGAAAUUCUUCGGUUUCUUUCCACCUUAUUGCCUCUCGUUCCGAGAAUUUCUGGCCGAUACAGCGUACGAUAUAACGUUCCAGAGUGAUAGAAAUAUGCGUAACGAUAUAUCGAGACAGCAGCUGACGGAACGAUAAGAGAGAAUCGUGCGGACUGAGCGAUGUUACAACUCCGGCGCGAAUAAAACGACUCUUUCCUAUGUUUUGUCUUCGUAGGAAGAGUCGCCAGUCUGACGGCUGGAUGCACAAAAUUAGUAUCACGAUACCUUAUCUCACGGGAGUCGCUGCAUAAAGGUUUCUAUGCGUCAUUAAAUAUCCAUUAUACACGUCAUAGCACGAUAGGCGUACGAACUAUUCAGAAGCUGUAUCGAUCAACUUGACGAAUUCAAAAAUGUCGGAGAGAAGUCGAUGAUGUUGCAAACGCUGUUUUCUCGCUAUACUUUGCCAUCAUUUGUGUCAUUUUUUAAUAAACGAGCUCGCCAAAGUGUAUCUUUUCUUGUUCUCGGCAUCGAAUAUCGAUCGCGUAUACCCAUAAAGAAUAAAGUUGAACGGUUCGGCUUGCGAGCGACUCGGCGUACGAAGAAGAAAGCAAAGCCUCGAUCUCGUUCGAUUCUCCGAAGAAGAUCCUCGUUCAAAAACCUGUAUCUCACGCAAGAAGAUAUUUUUAACGAGGAAACGAACGAUCGACAUCCAGCUAUUACAUUAAAUAAGUAUGUAUCGCGUGUACAGUGUUUUCCUACGUUUUACUCUGGGACGCGUAUCUCUGCGUGUAUCGCGAUACACGUAUCUCCGUGUGAAAGAAGAUCUGUUAAACUGUAAUUUCCAGCGACCGAUAGCAACUGAGAUUCCAAUACUAAUCGUUCACGCCCCCUGACACGAUUUCUUUUUUUUUUUUUUUUUCUUUUGGGGGGGCCGACAUACGCCUACCGAGCUCGAACGAUCAUGGACAAAUUCAUCCCUUCGUCGUCGUUCUCGCGAUCGUAGUCGUGGUUGUUGUCGUGGUCGUAGUGGCGGUCGAAAUCGCGAUCUCAGCGAAAUACAAGGAGAGAUACAAAUUUCGUCGAAAUGAGGGACCAUCCGUCGCGCCUUUUCUCUGAUACGAGAACGGACGCGUAGAAAUGCCAGAAUGAGAGGAGUGGCGUUUCUGGGGACGGUGAGAUCGGCACGCGGAACUUUCCUGAGGACGCUCGUCUUCGUCUUCCUGGCGACGUUCCUCUGGCUUCAACUUCAUGUGAUCAGCCUGACCGGCCGAGAUUCCGCUGGACAGGCCUCGUCGAACGAGACGCUGCUCUCCCUCGUACCGCAAGAAUUACAUAGGUUUCUGAAAGAUCGUCGAAAUGGUUCUUCGUCGACGUUAACGAACGCGAGCACAGAAACGUUAACCGAGUUCGAAAUAGCGGAGAUUCGUCGAAACAUAGAAAGGGCGAAUGCCGAGCAAAGAGUGUACAACGAAGAGUCUUUCGGUCCUUUGGCUAACGACGCUCCCAUAAUAGUGAUUCAAGUGCACACACGGCUCACCUACCUCAGACACCUGAUCGUGUCGUUGGCUCAAGCGAAAGGGAUCGAGCAAACCCUUCUGGUCUUUAGUCACGACGUUUGGCAUCCGGACAUCAACUAUCUCGUGCAAAGUGUCGACUUCUGUCGUGUCAUGCAAAUAUUUUACCCUCACAGCAUACAGACUCAUCCUCGAACGUUUCCCGGCGAAGAUCCGAACGAUUGCCCUCGAAACAUUCGCAAAGAACAAGCUCUGAAUCUCGGCUGCAUCAACGCAAAGCAUCCGGACCUCUAUGGACACUACAGAGAAGCGAAAUUCACGCAGACGAAGCAUCACUGGUGGUGGAAAGCGAACCGCGUGUUCGAUCAAUUAUCGAUCACGAGAAAUCACACCGGCAUAGUUCUUUUCCUCGAGGAAGAUCACUACGUCGCCGAAGAUUUCUUACACGUUCUCCGACUGAUGGAACGUACCUGUAAACAUAGCUGCAAAAGAUGCAACGUCCUGUCCCUGGGCACCUAUCUCAAAACCUACAAUUAUUUUGCCGAUUUCAGUCGAAAGUUCCUUGGCGUCAACAGCGCCCUGCAAAAGGAGCUACUGCUCGGAUUAAAAAGAUGGGAAGCAUCGGCGAGGCAACAGUCGGCUAAAGCCGAAGACGUCAUCGGUACCAGUGACAGCGGAAGAAUCAACGGAAUCCCAAGCAACAGCGGCAGUGGGAGCAGCAGCACCGGCAGUAGCAGCAAUAGUACUCCUACCGGGGCGAGCAACAGCAAAAACAGCAGCGUUAGCGGAAAUGUCAUCGCUAGCAACACUGGCGCUGCCGUCAUCCUACCAAUCGCACGCAACGCACAGAUCGUGCAAUCUGCCUCCGCAUGGGCUUUCCAACUCCUACCCGAACUCUACAAUCAUUAUCAAAAGGCUGAAGUGAUUCCAUGGAUCUCGAGCAAACACAACAUGGGUAUGGCGUUUAAUCGCGUCACUUGGAACAAAUUGAGAAAGUGCGCCGCCCAGUUCUGCUCGUACGACGAUUACAAUUGGGACUGGAGUCUUCAACAUAUCGCGCAAACCUGUAUGCCACCGAGCAAAGGGCCGGGAAUCGCGCCUCGUACAGAAUCCGGUUUAAUCACGAUGAUGAUGCGAGCGCCCAGAGUUUUUCACAUCGGAGAAUGCGGAGUCCAUCACAAGAAAACCAAUUGCGAAUCGACCGCUGUGAUAGCAAAGGUUCAAAACGUCCUAAAGGCUGCCCGAGACCAUCUUUUUCCUACUCAACUGACGCUUACUGUAGCUGGCACUGCGAAAAAGACGAAGCUCAGGAAGGGCAACGGUGGAUGGGGCGACACACGGGAUCAUCGGCUUUGUUGGAACAUUACCGUUUAUCCGGAUCUCGUUUUACCUUGAGACCAAACUCUCGAACGAACGACAUCGAAAUAUCCUUUCAAUUCCUUCUUUUUUCUUCGCAAACCCUCCUCUAUCUCUCUACCUAUCUUCUUCUUUGUCCCGUUGUCCAAAAAGUCGCAUCCCGCUCAGCCCGUUUCGUUCCCGCCUCGUCCUGACUCAUCCAGUUUCGUCUCUCGUGGAAGAUGCUCGUUUAACAAGUUCCUUCGCGUCGACGAAUUAUUGUAUCGAUCCCACGGUCUGUUAUCAGAUCGCGCGGCAUCCCUAGCGGCGUACUUAUCUUUAUAUUCGUGCUAAACUUAGCAACCGAUUCAGGCGGCGGAAGCACAUUUCGCGCUUAGCGACUCAGCUCCUUAACGAAUUUGCGUCUCGACCGGUCGCCAAAGUCCCAGAGAAACACGCUUAUCACGUAUUCUAGUCAUCGUGCCCAAUGAUGAUUAACGAUAAAUGGGUAACAAAACAAUGGUCGUUGUCUGUCUAUAAAUUGCUUCCAGCAAGGUAGCGAACAACGUUAGACUGACGAUACUCCCUACUCGAGACGACCCAGACUUUUGAACUUGGAGUGACUCCGAGAGCGAACCAAAGCCAUCCACGAGUCGCGAAAUUUACAUAGGAUACGUUUUAUAUUUGUAACGAGAAUCAACGAAAAUAAACGAAUCGACCGAUUUUCUCGUA